AUGGCAGAUUCAGCGCCAGUCGGUCGUGAGGUAGUCUACUGCGGCGUGUGCACCCUUCCGCCCGAGUACUGCGAAUACGGCGGCACAGUCAAGAAGUGUCAGGAAUGGCUAGAAAAACACCACCCAGAGCUCUAUCAAAGGAUAUGGUCACCUGAAGCGCUCGAAGCAGCGACAGCCUCUUUGUCGGUGGCGGCCCAGGAGCGCGCGGCCAAGGACGCGGCCAAGAAGGCGGCCAAGGCGGAAGCCGCCGAGCAAAAGCAUGCCGACAAGCUGGCAAAGAGCGUCGUUACCAUCAAGCGGAUCGAGCGCAACAAGCGCAAGUUUGUCACCGCUGUGUCCGGGCUCGAGGCGUUUGGCCUCGAUCUCAAAAAGGUCGCCAAAGACUUUGGCAAGAAAUUCGCAACCGGUUCGUCCGUGACCAAGACGCCGAGCGGCGGCGAAGAGAUCGUGGUACAGGGCGAUGUGAGCGGCGAGAUCGAAGAGUUUCUGCUGGAGAAGUACAAGGAUAUCCCCGAGGACAAUAUCGAGCUUGUUGAGGACAAAAAGAAAAAGGCUGGUCCGGGCUAA